GACUGUGUCUGGAACAAAGAACUUUGAGGAACUUGCCCAGAGCCCUGCACUCAUCAGACCUGCAGCAGACAUUGCAGGCCUGAAGAAAGCACCUUUUCUGCUGCCAUGACAAGCAUGCAAGGAAUGGAACAGACCACUCCAGGGGCUGGCCCUGAUGUGCCCCAGCUGGGAAACAUAGAUGUCAUACAUUCAUAUCUGUGUAAAGGAUUGCAAGAGAAGUUCUUCAAGAGGAAACCCAAAGUCCUUGGGAGGUACCACAGUUUGUUUAUGCAUUCACCUACGGAAGGACAUCUUGAUGGCUUCCAAACUUUGGCAAUUAGGAGUAACGUUGCUAUAAAUAUCUGUGUGCAAGUUUUGUGUGGACAUAAGUUUUCAACUUAUUCGGGAUCUUUAUCAGUUGCAGCAGGAAUUAGAACAACAAAAGUUCUGGGUACGGAUGGCAUGGUGCUCCUCUUAAGUGUGCUGGAAUUCUGCAUUGCUGUGUCCCUCUCUGCCUUUGGAUGUAAAGUGCUUUGUUGUAGCCCCAGUGAGAGGAAAAAUAAAAUUAGAAGCAAUACUUUCAUGUGCUACCUCCUUUCUAUUCAGAUGCAAUAUGAUGGAAAGAGACUAAAUGUUGAUGUCGACAGUACUGUAUGGUGCUCCAGAGAUGGACAGUAUCUGGAAAAAGUCAAUUACGACAUUCUAUCUUCUUGGUUGAGGAUUGAAAGACUUACUGAAGCAAAAUGAAGACUUCACACUAAGCUAAAUUUGUGUAUCAUAUAUUUCUGUCCCCUUUAUCCUCUAAAAUCUAAUUUCUCUUCACUCA